AUGGCAGCAACAACAACAACAAAACUCAUAAAAAUUUUCAUCUUCAUGACCCUUUUCACAAAACCAAUAGCACAAUCUCCAAACUAUGUAGGUGAUGAUUGUCAAAAUUCAACACAACAGUUUCUUACAUCUACAUACAAAUCAAACCUUAGAAAAGUGCUAUCAUUGCUAUCCUCAGAUGCUAUUGUAAGCAAAGGAUAUAACCAUACAAGCAUAGGAGGUAACACACUUGAUGGUGUCUAUGGUCUCUAUGAUUGUAGGGGGGAUGUCACAGGUUCUUUUUGUCAAUUUUGUGUCUCUACUGCUGCUUCUGAUAUUCUUCAACACUGCCCUAAUAGACCCUCAGCUGUUAUAUGGUACAACUUUUGCAUUCUCAGGUAUUCAAACCAUAAUUUCUUUGGAAAACUAACAACAACACCAUCAUGGCAUAUUUUGGGGUCAAAAAACAUGAUUAAUCCAAAAGAAGUUGAGAAAGGUGAAGAUAAUAUGCAAAGUUUAAUAAAAGAAGCUACUAUGGAGAAUGGUAAAUUGUAUGCAAUGAGAGAGUUCAAUUUGAGUAAUGAGAAAAGGUAUGGAUUGGUGCAAUGUAGUAGGGACCUUAGUGAGAAUCAAUGUAAUCAAUGUUUGGAGGGUAUGUUAGAGAAAGUUCCUAAAUGCUGUGGGACAAAGAUUGGUUGGCAAGUUCUUGCUCCAAGUUGUUUGAUAAAGUAUGAUGAUUUUAUGUUCUAUCAACUUAUUUCACAAACUUCUUCACCUUCAGCUGGGCAAGGAGGUUCAUCAAGUAAAUCAAAUACUUUGAUCAUCACCAUUGUCAUUGUGUUGGUGGUUGCACUUGCUCUCAUGAGUCUAUGUAUCUACUUCAUAUGGAGGAAAUAUCAUUCAAGUAAAGACAAAGGUAGAAUGAUGUCGAAACCAAUUACUAUAUCGCAUCUCGGUGAUAUUCAAAAAGAAGAUUCUUUACAUGGUGACCUCCCAAUAUUCCCUUUAAUUUGGAUUCGACAAAGUACUAAUAACUUUUCAGAGUUAUGUAAAUUAGGAGAAGGUGGAUUUGGCCCGUUUAUAAGGGAAAUUUAG